AUGACUUGGUGCAAUGACUCUGAUGUUACUGAUCACAUAAAGCUCAGUGAAGAAAUUCAAACCAUAAAAUGCCCCUCAUGUGACCAUGAUAUUGAAGUAAAAAAUCAGGGUGGAAUUCAUGAUUUGCCUGGUUUACCAGCUGGAGUGAAAUUUGAUCCAAAUGACAUAGAAAUAUUAGAGCAUUUAGAGGCAAAAGUGAUGUCUGAUGUGUGCAAGAUUCAUCCACUUAUUGAUGAGUUCAUACCAACACUUCAAGGAGAAAAUGGAAUUUGUUAUACACACCCAGAAAAACUACCAGGAGUUGGCAAAGAUGGACAAAUUCGCCAUUUCUUUCAUAGGCCUUCUAAAGCAUACACAACAGGAACAAGGAAAAGAAGAAAGGUCCACACUGAUGAAGAAGGAGGUGAAACAAGAUGGCACAAAACAGGAAAAACUAGAGCAAUAUUUGUUAAUGGUAUUGCCAAGGGUUUUAAAAAGAUACUAGUACUCUACACAAACUAUGGUAGGCAAGGAAAACCAGAGAAGACUAAUUGGGUGAUGCAUCAAUACCAUAUUGGUAGUAACGAAGAAGAAAAAGAUGGAGAAUUAGUUGCUUCAAAGGUGUUCUACCAAACACAACCAAGACAAAGUGGUAGUUCCAUUAAUGUAAGAGAUUCCUGUGACAAAAUAUUAAACAAAGGAAGUGGCCAUAGUAAUAAUGCAACACCUAACUUAGGUCUUAUGGAAUGCUUCAAUACGCCUUAUACAAAUUAUGAGCAUGUCCAAGUUGGUCAUAAUAGGGAAAGCUCGCCACAAUUUGCUCCGAACAUGGUUGUCCAAGGUGAUCAUGCAUCUGUUAUUCGCUUAGCAAUGGAUGCAAACAAAGUAAGAGCAAAUGAGAGAAAGUAA